ACCUGCUAAAGGUGCUCUAAUUUUUUUUUAACGUUUUUUAUUUACUGUCGGGAGUGAUCGCGUUUGAGUUGACACGGUUUGCUUCGCACCAUUUACACUUCAGGAAAAAAUUAUGGCAUUGUUCAGAGCUUUUCGUGGACCGUACGGUUUUAGUUAUUACGACAGUCUUCGAAGUGAGGUUUCUGUUGAUAAAACCUUUGCAAGUGUUAUUUACGUGUGUGUUCUCCUGUACGUAGCAGCAAUAUUUGCGACUCUAGGAAGUCGUAGAAAAUCGAGAUUCAAAUCUUUUUUUGCUUUGACGUUCAAUUUCACUGUGAUAAUGAUAAUUCUCGUUACUCUCUGUGGUCAUAGUUGGAAAGAAGGAUUCAUUAAUGCUCAAACCACAUACAUCGAUUAUUCCGAGGAAAAAGUUGACGCAAAAAUCGGUUUAUCAUUUUCUCUCGCCAGCGUCAACAUGACUCUUAAAGGUGAAAUCAGUCAGAACUCGACUGUAUAUUACAAUGAACGACUUUUUCUAUUCAACGCGGACGAAUUACAAAUACAACGUGGUCACAAGUUCCAGCUUGGUCUACCGUCACCAAUUCUGACUCUAACUAACUACAUGUGUUUUGAGGGCAGUGAUUUAAUGUGGGGAAGAUAUUUCCGAACUGCUGGAUACUACGCCUAUAUUUUACUAUGUGCGACGCUCACCUUUUGGAUAAUAACAGUAAUUUUAAUGUGUUCGGUGGUCUUCUACGGUUCCGUGAUGUUUCUGAUUAGUGGACUCACCAUGUGUAUAACUGCAAUCGUUUAUCACUCGCUUCAGCCACCGCAUCCAAUUCAGAUACCUUUUGGUGAAGAAGUGCUCCGACUUAGUUAUGGAUGGUGUUUCUAUCUUGUAUUGGUAACAGGUAUUAUUAUUUCUGCGAUCGGUUUGUUCUUCGUGGCAUUGAAUGCUUUUGAUCCAAACAGAUUGCACUGCUUAUUCGGCUUUGAGAAUGAAGAAGACGCCGAGGAAAUGUACAAUGCCGAUGGAUAUAAUCGGAAAAAUGAACUCGCUCUUAAUGGUAGUGUAAACUUGGGCUACAGUGCAGAAAUGAAGAUAUGUAAACCAAUAGAAAAUCAAGCAAGUGAACCAAACUUAAAUCUAGUCAAUAAUUCGCUGAAUAAACGUAUAACACAUCCGAGUAGCUCGAACACGUUUUCUACACCAAACUCACUUGACAGGAGUCGAGAUAAUACCCAAGAAAUAAAUGACAAACUCAGUCCAAACGGAGAUUUUAGUCACGUUGUUGUCGUAAAUGAAAAUGAACAUCUCUGAAAAUGUAAUUGCUUUAUUUCGAAAACUUCGUACAAAAUCACUAAAUCUCAAAAUUAUAAUUCAAGGAACCAGUAAGGACUAUUGGCUUCCAUCUUCCUUCAAAAACAAAUUAUACAAAACAUAGUUUUCCAACCUGUUAAUAUAAUUUUAGUUUGUUUUGAAGACCAAUAUGGUAUUAAAGAGUAAUUGCCUUUCUAGGUUUUACUAGAAUGUUUUUAAAAUAUGAUCUGAGAAUUCAUACCAUUUCAAAAUUUUUUUAUUUUUUUUUUAAAUUUGAACGCCUUAUCUUUCAGUAAUUUCUUGUAUUACUAUUUACUGGCUCGUUAAGAAGCUUCAUAUAUGAGUAUAUCCAAAACAAAAACAAAAAACGGUAAGUUUCAGUUUGAAUGCAUCUAGCCUCGAUACGCGUGUUAAUUUUAUUCUUGGAAGACGGCAAGGUGGCAGAAUCAUUAGUCAAUCUCCUGGAUCGUAAAAAAACACUGAAAGAAACCCUAAGUUCAAAUAGCGCCGAGGUCGACUUUGCGCCCCUCAUUGUGUUGUAAUAGAAAUAUAAAACAAUCUUGUUUCUGGAUAAUAUCUUCUGCAAAUUAAAUAAAGUGAAAUCGAUCAUUCUACAUAAUUUUUCUUUUAAUAAACUGUUUCUGGCAUGCAACAGUGAAAAGUGUCUUUAAAUAACUAGAACAUUUUAACUGAUUUUGAAAGAGAAAUUAAAUCUUACAGUAAUAUGCAACUUUUGGCUUAUCUAAGCGUGAACAGGCUUCGAAAAUUGAUUUAAUAAACUGUUGAAGCUUGAACUUCUGAUUUAAGUAUGAAUGUAUAAAUAUCAAACGGAAAAUCAUUUAUAUAUAUUUAUGGUUUCCAUACAAAAUUUACAAAAUAAAUACACGCUUUGAAUAUCUCUUUGCUAAGAUGCAAGUACAUACUUACGAAACCAUUUCUCAUACUCCGUGAGUGUUAUAUUUUAUUUUAUAAUCAACAAAGAUAUGUUCUUAAAUUUGCUGACUUCAUUACAAAUUUGAAAUCAUAAUAAAUCGUUAGAAAUAAA